GACAUUGCAUGCCAGGUGCUGUGCCUGUGUCGUUUACUUCAUGACUGUUAAAGCUAUCAAUCGCCGACCAGACCUCCUGGACUGUUAAGAUAGAUGAAUCUCCUGUCACAAGGAUACAGCCAUGCCACCACCACAGCCACCACCAGUCUUCAGACAACCGCACAAACAGUGUGCUCCCAGGCAUGAGCAUGGUUGGAUGGCUUCAGUUGAGGACCCGGGAGUGAUGCCACCAACAUUGCCAUAUGACCCCUGGCAACAUUCCUGGCCAGAGAAAUAUCUUCCCUUCGGUUUUGAGGGGGAGCCAAGAUAGGCACAAAAGUUAUAUGUAUUUACACCCCCCACAACACAAUCACAGUCUCAUGUCAGUCAUGGAUAUUACCCACAGACUAUGUCACAGGAUGUGCCUAUUGUAGAGGCUGAGCGGUCACACACUGGUCAUCAGUGGGAAUGCCAAUCAUCUAUGAGAGCUCCACCAUCUUAUUCACUGGGACAAGAUCCACCAUCUUCUUCCCUGGGACGAGCUCCAACAUCUGCAGAUGGAAAUCCAGCAGAAACUACAGCUGCCCCUCAAGCAGCAGAAGCAACAGUUGCACCUGCCCCUCAAGCAGCAGAAGAUACAGCUGCACCUGCCCCUCAAGCAGCAGAAGAUACAGCUGCACCUGCCCCUCAAGCACCAGAAGAUACAGCUGCACCUGCCCCUCAAGCACCAGAAGAUACAGCUACACCUCCACUUCAAACACCAGAAGAACAUACACCAGCAUCACCUCUUCUCCAACAUUGUGGUCAUCAAACAACUGCCAUCGCUGUUGGUCAACAGCCUGUGGAUGCAUUGUAUUCUCCCCUGGGUGAGGAAUACAUUACACUCCAGAGGCGGCUCAUCAGAAGCACUGAGAGCUUACAAAGAGGCCAAAAGAUGUUCUUCAGAGACCAAGAGAGGUUUCAUAGACAUAGCAUAGAGCUGCAGAGGGACAUUGCAGCAUUGUUAAGUGCAAGUGUUCAAAACCAGUCACAGAUGAUGCAAAUUCUGUCUGAUAUGCAGAUGCAUAUGGACAAUAGAUGGAGAGAACAAAAUCAACUUUUGGGUGUGUUGGAUAAGCACUUUACACACCAGCAGGACACUGCCUCCAGCCUAUCAUCUGUAGCCAGCACACCAGCAGAAACACCAGAAUCUGCUAGAACAAGGAGAACAAGGCAAUUAACUACAGGCCCAUCAGCUCCCUCAUCCAAGAAGCCAACAAAUAAAUAAAUAUUAUUAUAGUUCACCAUAAACCUUGUUCUCUACAGUAUUUACCAUGUAAUUGUCAUACAUAUCCAUGUGAGGAGUGUUUUAUUACACUAAUAUUGUUAAAACAUAUAUUAUGCCCUGUGUUGAAAUGGCAAUAAAAAAACAGGUACUAUUA